GUGGAGCGGCUGGUGCGGGCGCACCCGGUGGUGGUGUUCAUGAAGGGCAGCCCGGCGCAGCCCCUCUGCGGCUUCAGCAACGCCGUCGUGCAGAUCCUGCGCCUGCACGGCGUGGAGGACUACCGCGCCCACGACGUCCUACAGGACCCCGACCUCCGCCAAGGAAUAAAAAACUACUCUAACUGGCCUACCAUCCCACAAGUAUACCUCAAUGGUGAAUUCGUUGGUGGCUGUGAUAUACUCCUCCAGAUGCAUCAGAAUGGAGAUCUCGUAGAAGAGCUGAAGAAGCUAGGAAUCCGUUCAGCACUUCUGGAUGCAGAAAAAGACCAAGACAAAAAGUAAAGAAGAGCAAAAAAAAGAUGCUGUGACGGGAAUAAAGCAAAUCUUCGAUAAGAACUUGUUACCAGUAAAGCCUUACGUACUUUAGCUCAAAGCAGGCAUCUUUUUGAACUGACACUAAGAUUUCUCUGUGAAUGUCUGUUAGCUCGUGGUAAAUGUAGUGAUCUUGGUAUUUUGAUUUAUGGAUAUUGUGAAAAUUUGAGUAUAACCACUGCACUGUAAAGCGUACAUUUGUGGAAAUCUCUGUUUUAAAAAAGUUCACUUCUAAAAGCAUUCUUUUCUUGAUUGUGGUGGGAGUAAACCAAAAUAACUAAUAAUAUUUUUAUGGAUUUUGAGUACGUGUUUAUCUGGUCUUUGAUACAUGAACCUACGCAAAGAGCGUUUGCAUUCCCUUGUUCCUCUUGAAAAAGCGUUAAGUAAUUGUGCAUCAGUUUUGCUGUAUAACUCCUGGUGAUAAGACUUCCUGAGAGCCUAUAAAACUUCUGUAAUCACAUAUGAUAUAGGAGAAAAAAAGAAUAUAUGAGAGUGCAUGAAAUAUACUUUUAUUCCAAAGGGUAAAAAUAAACAGACUUGUACAAAUACAUGUAUAAUGGUCAUUAUUACUUUGUAACUUUCUGAUGGCUUUUUAAAAGAUUGCUAAGAAUUGUGCCUAAAGAUUUUAUAAAACCUUUUCUACCUCUUGCAAAGCAGCUUUCCCCUCUGCUUAUAUACUUUGUGUAUUGCAGUUCUGUGUCAGUGCUAAAAUGUGGGAAUUGUUUGAGGCUUCAGUGUUCUAGCUUGAAAUAGUACAGGACAAUACUUCAGUUACUACUGUAAUCUUGUAUUAUUUGCUAGUUGCUAAGUUAUCUUUUUAUGUUUGUUGUAUCUCCGAGUAUUUUCUCCUGACUGCUGUGCUGCAAAGAGUAUGGUCUUCAAACGUGGGAUUAACAGAUGAAGUGUUUCAUGUAGAUAAGAUGAGUGCAGCAGAGAGGCUACUGAAUAGAUAAAUACUUCUUUGUGGAAAGUCUCUGAAGUCUUCAAUACCUAUCUAACCAUGUUUCCCUAGGUGAAAGCAAAUUAUAUUAACCAGUGUAGCUUCAGCUGUACAACAAUACUGCUAAGGUUAAAAGCUAACCAAGCUGUUUCUAAAUGCAGUUUACUUUUAUUAAUAUAAACAAUUUGCAUGUGAGUUAGGCAAAUGAUUGGAAAUAAACUGUAUUUUAUGUU